AUGAAUAGUUUAAGUUUAUCCCAUAUAGUGCUUCAGGACAGUUCGAUACUCCUCAACUACAGAAUAGUAAUGAAGGACAAGACCGAUCACUAUGGCGGCGAACUGGAUGAACUGAAUGAAUACUAUCAUCUUUUGCGAGUAGAUCCGCAAGUUAAAUAUGCAUGCAACGCAGUGAGGCGUUAUAAGGCCAGUCACUCCAACGAUGUGGACGAUGACCGCAAGAGUGGACACAAACGCAAUAUCAUUACGGUUGAUGACAAUUUAAAAAUAAACUAUGAGAUGGUGAAGACGACGCCUGGUAAUUUCAUAGAAAGCUCCCCCUCAACUUCGACAAAAAACAAGGUUGCUAAGGAACAAAUGAACAAGAUUGCCAAGAUGAAGACGAACUAUUACAAAAAGCGUCUUUACACUAUGAACGAGCAGUUCUUGUCCAAACAAGGCAAACUCGAGGAAGAGGGCGAAAAAAAUGAGGAGAAUGUUAAAGACUCAGAAGUAACCGACGAAACGGACUUAGCUGAAAAAUACAAGUGGCACCUCGAAAUAAAUCGAGACCUGCUCAAAGAGUACAAAUCUCUGCUUCAAGAAGAAAAGAGAUGGUUCUUGAAAAAAGAACUAAUGCUUGACGCUAACAUAAAAUUUGAUCUAUUCAGCACAAGGGACGAAGAUCAAACAACUGUGCUGUUUGGAAGCAAAGAUGCGAGUAGCGUAUGCGUGUUUAAGUAG